AAGAUGAUCAUGCAGUAAUAUCUUUAUGAAAGAGAAGAUCUAUUUUGCUGUCGUAUUUGCUGAGGAAUAUUUGAAGGAAUUAUUUAAGCUUAUGGUGAAUUUUCGUCUCGAUUUGGUAAAGAUUUGAUCAAAUUCUAUGAAAAUUCCUCUCUGAUAUAUCAAAUUCCACGACAUUUUUUGCUUUAAACUUUAUGGAAGUUGAUCAGCAAGAGAUCAAUGAAAAAACUGCGAAUGCUACAGUGGACACUGAUGCAGGCACUAGUCAGGUUUGCUCAAAAGGAGAAACUUCAAACAGCUAUUCAGGCAUUUUAACAGAAAAUGUUGAAGAUGUAGUGCAGCAUUUGACGGAUGGAUUUUUGACCGAAGUGGAACCACAGUUGUUAGAAUUACGAGAAAAAACAAAAGAAAUAACGAAAAACCAAAGCAUUCUAAUUGAGACAAUUGAGCAGGAAAACAGAAAAUAUUCAGAAAACAAGGACAUAGAGGAGCUGACUAAAGUGAUAGCUGUAGUUCAAUCUUAUUACACCAAGUUGAGGAAGAUCAAAAAUGAUAUGGAUCAUUUGGAUGACAAAUUGGGAAAAUUAAAGAAAAGGUCAUUGAAGCUGAAAGAGAAAAGACAAAAGAAAGAUCAGGAUGAGGCUCAAAGGAGGGAACGGGAAUUGGUUUUGGAACGAGAAUUAACUGCUAAAGUAAAACCUGCAACAUAAUUUUUUUGGAAUUCAAAUGGAAAGGUGGGGAAAGAAUUUACAUAAAAGAUAGGAAGAAUUAAAUGCAGCAGUACUAUGCAUACACAACAGAAUGUUAUGUGAUUAUGUAUGUGUUGAAGUUUGUAUUCAAUUUCAAUUGUAAAAUAGGUCUUUCAUGGUGUUAUUGACUUAGACACAAGGACUUGUUGUUGGUGUGAGGAAACCCUUAGAACUAUGGUUAAACAUGUCUGGUAAUCAAAGAAUACAAAUUUCAUUUUGUACAUUCUGCUCGUCUGUGUAAUGAACCAAUACUACCAGUACACUUUACUUUAAAAUCUAUAAAAUUAAACAUCAGUAUAGUGAGUUUUUUCAAGUAAUAUUUGUUCUUCGUCUGUACAAGGAUUAAGGAUAUACUACAUUUUGCCGUACAUAUCUGUGGUAAUGACUGCAUGCAAGAGUUGUUGUACCAAAUAAACUACAAAAUGCUUUAUAAAUGCCAUAUAGACCAUCAAAACUUUGCACAUUCUAAAACUUAGUAAUACUAAUGUCCAGAAUCCACAAAUGUUGUCUUAACUUUGAACCUAAACCUGAAUCUAACCCUUACCUAACUACUAACCUUAAAUGAUUAGAUAAAGGAUAAAUUCAUGGUUCUGAACACAGAGUUGAUACUGGAGUGUUUGAAAUA